AUGAACGCUCUCCAUGACACCUCGAGCAUUACGUGUAUCACGGCAUAUGUCGUUACCGUUUCCAUACUGUACUUUUCAGCUCUGAGCCUUUAUCGACUAACGUUGCACCCACUCGCAAAGUUUCCUGGACCCAAGCUCGCAGGAUUAACGUACUGGUAUGAGAUCUACUAUGACAUCUACAGACGGGGCGAUUACACCAGGGUUAUCCUUAAACUCCACGAAACGUACGGACCGAUUAUCCGAAUCAACCCAAAUGAGCUACACGUUAGCGAUCCCAACUUCAUCGAAGUGCUGUACACGAGCACGGGAAAGAAGCGAGAAGUCUCAUCUUGGCACUUACGCCCCUUUCAGUUUGAGGGAGCGCAUUUCGGCACCGUGGACCAUGAUUUACAUCGCACGCGUCGUGCUCCAUUGAGCCGCUUCUUCUCCAAGGGCAUGGUCAUGAAGCUGGAGCCAGCCCUCAAAACAAAGGCGAUCCAGUACUGUCGGAACCUCGAAACCUGGGCUGGAUCGGGUGAAGCCCUUGACUUGGUCACAUCAAUCUCAUGCUUCACAACAGAUGUGGUUACUGACUACCUGUACGGCAACGGGUACCGUUUUUUGGAUGAUCCCAAGAUGAAACUCAGUUUGUACCAUCCGAUUCACAUGGGCGCCGAAUCAAUCAUUACGUUCAGGCACUUCCCAAUCUACCUGAAACUGUUCAACGCCAUCCCUUCUUCCAUCAUGAAGAUUUUGAGUCCUGAUGCGGAGCUGUGGCGGUUGUUCCGGGUGGAUGCGCGCACGCGUAUAAGGCGAAUCAAGGAAGACAUCUACGCGAAAGAUGCGGAGCUACGGACUACAGUUUUUCACGAGCUACUGAUGACGCUGUCCGUGGCCAUGUUCUACCUCCUGUCCUCUCCGGAGACGAUGGCGAAGCUUCGCUCAGAGCUCGAGGCCGUUGCUCCGACCACUGACCCAAGCGCAAUGCCGCCAUGGACAAAGCUUGAGCAGUUGCCGUAUUUGAGCGGCUGUGUCUACGAAGGUCUUCGCCUCAGCUCUGGACUGCCGUCACGUCUCGCGCGGAGCUCGCCAGACGAGGCCAUCAUCUACAGAGCGCCUGAUAGAACGUGGAUUAUUCCCCCGCGCUACUCGGUCGGAAUGUCGGCAUACCAGAUUCACCAUAACGAGAAAUUGUUCCCACAGAGUAGGAAGUACCAGCCGGAGAGAUGGUUCGAUGAGGGCGGAAAGAGGAACAGACAACUGGACCAGUACCUGCUAAGCUUUUCCAAAGGGUCGAGGCAAUGCUUGGGAAUGAACCUGGCCUAUGCGGAGCUGUUCACCUUGCUGGCUGUGCUGGUCCGCUGCUACGGUCACCGUCUUGAACUAUUCGAAACGACGGCUGAAGACGUAGACUUCCACCAUGACGCCAUGAUCCCCACAGUCAAGCCGGGGAGCAAAGGGAUUCGGGUACUGGUGAAGCAAAUGGGGUAG